AUGCGCCUCACCUUCGCUCCCGAGUCCCUGGAGAACCUCUACCAGACUUAUUUCCGCCGCCAACGCCACGAGACCCUCCUGGUGCUGGUGGUCUUCGCCGCCCUCUUCGACUGCUAUGUCCUCGUCAUGUGUGCCGUGGUCUACGCCGCUGACAAACUGGCCCCGGUGCUGGCGGCGGUGGCCGGGCUGGUUGCCCACGUGCUGCUCUUCAUCCUCUGCAAGUACAGGCUGCUCCCUGAGCGGGUGGCCCGCAGGUUCCUGCCCUACAUCCUCUGGGUCCUCAUCUUGGCCCAGAUCUUCUGCUACUUGGGUCUCAACUUCUCCCGCUCGCCCGAGGCCAGCGACACUGUGGGCUGGCAGGCUUUCUUCGUCUUCUCCUUCUUCAUCACGCUGCCGCUGCGCUUGGCACCCAUCGUGCUCAUCACCGCCGUCUCCUGCACCAUUCACACACUGGUGCUCGGUGUCACUGUCGCCCAGCAGCAGCAGGAUGCCCUGGACGAGGGCACGCUCCUGAGACAGAUCCUGUCCAAUGUUGCCAUCUACCUUUGCGCCAUCACGGUGGGCACCAUGUCCUACUACAUGGCCGACCGCAAGCACCGCAAAGCCUUCCUCGAAGCGCGCCAGUCCCUCGAGGUCAAGCUCAACCUGGAGGAGCAGAGCCAGCAGCAGGAGCGGCUGAUGCUCUCCAUCCUGCCCAAGCACGUGGCCGAUGAGAUGCUGAAGGACAUGAAGAAGGACCCCAGCCAGAAGGAGAUGCAGCAGUUCAACACCAUGUACAUGUACCGCCACGAGAACGUCAG